GAUAACAAAUAAUAACAAAAUUUAACAAAACAUUUCGGGCAGAACCUUCAAUCAAAUAUUUUAGUUAAAAUAAAUUUCCGUUAAAAAUUAUAAAAAUAUAUUUUUAUUUAAUAAAAGUGCAUAAAUUAACUUAUAACAAACUAAUAAAUUGCAAUGAGAUACAUUCGAUGUGUUGGGCGUAAACUUCAUGGUACAAGCCUGAUUGGCAAUACUUUUAAAACAAUUUAUCCAACAGAUAGUUUCCAUAAACCCAGGAAUGAGGUCGCCAUUAUCGUUAUUGGUGCUGGACUUGCUGGUCUAUCGGCUGCCAAUCACUUAAUUCAAAAUGGUUUCAAGCAAACAAUUGUACUAGAGGCUACAGAUCGUUAUGGUGGACGUAUAAUUUCCAAACAAUUUGGUGAUGCAUAUUGCGAAUUAGGAGCAAAAUUUGUGCCCAUAAAUGUAAAAAAUGAUACGGUCUACAACAUACUGCAAAGCAUGCGAGGACUGCCGAAAAAAGUAAUACCAAACAAAGAUAAAAUGUAUGUGAAUGCGUAUGGAGAAAAAGUGGAUAAGAAACUACCCGAAUUAAUAGGCAGACUUUACAAGAGGCUUUGUUCGCAUAUACAGUUCGAUGAAAAAUACAAAGCUGGCGCUAUGGAAGACCUAAAUAAUUUACACACAUACUUUCAAGCUGAAAAAUCAAGGCUGUUAACUUCGGUUUUUAAUGGAGAAGACCGAAAAACUGCAAAUGAAAUAUUCAAUUCACUCAUCAAAGAGUUUGGCAGCCUAUUAGGAUGCUCUCUUGAAUAUGUUAAUAUUGAACAUAUAACAAAAUUGAAAAAUGGUGUUAAUCAUGGCAACUACAUUUACAUACCUACUGGCUUAGAUAAUAUAUUAAGUGUUUUAACAAAAAAUCUGUGCAAUACUCAGUUGAAGGUUGGAAAGCCAGUUGGUGAAAUCAAUUGGUAUAUACCACCAGAAAUUGGAGGAAAACGUGUGGCUUGCUUGGAUGGUGAUGUAUAUCGUGCCGAUCAUAUAAUUUGCACGGUGCCAUUGGGUGUACUUAAAAUAUUUUCGGAAAAUAUGUUCAGACCAUCAUUACCAACCAACAAAAUAAAUUCUAUAAAAAAGCUUGGUUUUGGCACACCAGUGAAAAUUUAUUUCGAAUACGAGUGUAAUAUAGACAGCUGGUUGAAGAGUAGUUUGCGACCAUUAUGGAGUGCAGAUGGUGCCAACGCAGAUAUGGCAUGGACUAAACAAGUGGUUGAAAUAUCGAAAUUGCCCAAAAGCAAUAGAGUAGUUGAAAUAGUUAUUGGUGGUGAAUUUUACGACAAAAUUGAAAAAUUACCAGAUCUAGAAGUGCUAACCGAAAUAACAAAUCUACUACGUACAUUAUUGAAAAAUCAAAAUAUACCGUAUCCCACUUCGGUGUUGCGCUCUAAUUGGAGUUCACUAGCAUGCUAUCUAGGUGGUCGUCCUUACUUCUCCACUGGUAGCACAAUAAAUGAUGUGUUAACAUUAGCCGAACCGCUGGGACCCAUGUCAAGUCUUCUCUUUGCUGGUGAUGCAACCAUAGUAGAAGGAUUUGGUACUAUAGAUGGUGCGCACAAGAGUGGCAUUAGAGAAGCACAACGCAUAAUAGACCACUACAACAAACAAACGGCUGUUUAAGUCAUAAACCAAAGGAAUGAAUACAAAUGUGAUAUUUUUUAAUUACGCUUUAAUAACAUGAACUUCACUUUAAAGUUUAUAAAUAACUUACUUAUUAGCAUAUAACACACAACAACAAUGCAAAACUGUUAAAAGCAUUAAGUAAAUAGUAUUUGGCUAUAAUAUCAACAACAAUAAUUAAUUAAGCAUUUAUGUACUAAUGGAAUAUAGUAGAGAAUAUUAUCAGGCAUUCGUUGUCAUCGAACCAAUUGAAGUACAACUUCAGAUGUCAUUAGCAGCUUCACUAAUUUCAUUCCAAGAAUAAUCCAUAUCCUCUGACUUGGUAAAUCUGGAACAAACCGCCAUACGCAAAAAGUACACAUCAUUGAUUUUACUUGGCACCAUAUGUAUGUUACCACGUCCAUUGAUAUGUUUCAAUAGCUUCUCACUCUGUUCAUUAGGACCCUUUAAACGGAAACAAACCAAACCCAUAUUGACAUCGCCAACAAUUUCAAAACGAUCAUCGGCUCUGCAGAGAUCGGCAAAAUGUGUAGCGUAACCACAGUGACGUCUUAUGUGUGCUUGUAGAUUUUGCACGCCAUACAAACGUAGUACAAACCACAAUUUCAAAGCACGGAAACGACGACCUAAUGGAAUUUGCCAGUGUCGGUAAUCGGGUACUGAACCCUGCA